UGUUUUCAGUGCUGUGCGUUCUGGUGUGACGAGUGCAUCACUGCGCAUAACAUGAUCAAAGCGAAUAAAGAGCAUCGAGUUCUCGCUCUAAAGGAUUUUGAGGAUCAAGAUAUUGAGGAUGUAUUUAAGCGGCCAGCAUUUUGCCAACAGAAGCAUCACGAAAAAGAAGAACUCAAGUUCUUUUGCAAGAACUGUGAUGUUGCCAUUUGUAAUUCGUGUGUUGCAACCAUCCAUAAAGGUCACGCUAAGAUUCUUCUAGAAGAAGCAGCGAGUGAACGCAAGUUACAACUUCAGUCUUUGAUCGAGUCGCAAAAGGAGAAAAUUGAACAGAAGAAAAACAAAAUCGUCGAACUUGAAAUACUGUGUAACCAUAUUGAAGUGCGAGCCGAUGCAGUGAAACGAAAUAUCUAUAAAUUUACUAAAAACAUGAUCGCAAUCAUUGAAGCAAAAAGGAAGGAAAUGUUAAACAAAGUCGAACUACAACAAAAAGAGUCCCUUGAAUGUGUGCGAACUCAACAAUACGAGGUAAAGCGUCAAGUUAAACUGCUGGAAACAACAGUAAAAAAAACUGAAACAAUAUUGAAACGAAUUACAAACGCCGAGAUUACACAGUUAUUGAAGUCACUGAACACAGUCUUACCGGAAGAGGUCAAUGAUGAUGAAAAUCAAGCCGCAUCUGAUAUUGUAGGUCUUCGUCAAUUCCGUUUCACAGAAAACAAAUCAUUACUUGAUAGUUUAAACUCUGACAGCAUCGGCUCAUUUGUAACCUUUGUGAAUAAAACUAUCGCCCAUCAAUCAACUGCCGAAGGAAAAGGAAUCACUGAAGGUAUUGUUGGACUUGAAUCACACUUUUUAUUAACAACAAGAAAUACAGAGAGAGAACAAUGCUACAAUGAGCGUGACUGUGUAAUGGCGGAAAUAAAAAAUCAGCAAGGUCAUGACUGUGCCAUGAAAGUGCGAGUCCAAGAUAACAAAGAUGGUAGCUACGAAGUCAGAUACUUCCUCAAGGAUACAGGAAAAUGCCAGCUAUCAGUGAUAACAAAUAAAGAACAUAUUCGUGGCAGUCCAUUUACCGUUGAAGCAAAACCCAGACAGUUUAGACCCUUUUUAUCGUUUGGAAAAGGAGUUUCGUCAGUUGGAAUAUUUGACGGCCCAUAUGGAGUGGCAGUGAAUGAACGAGAUGAAAUUGCAGUGACUGAGACUGGUAACCACAGGGUUCAGGUAUUCAGUAGUAAUGGAACUUACUUAAGAUCUUUUGGUAACGAGGGUGAUAAACAAGGAGAGUUUAAUUGUCCUUCAGGUAUAGCACAUGAUAGG